AUGGCCGCCGUCACGGCCUCCGUCAUGUCCCGGCUGGCUUUCCCGACGACAGUCGCCUCCUCCCGAUGGUCAAUAUUCUGCUCCCGAAUCUUCAGUCCGCGGCUGCUCGCCCCCCUCUCCAUCGCCAUACCCGGUGUCAGCCUCAACCUGCCGACCCUGGAUGAUAUCUGGGAGUCGGUAUUGCGAGCAGUGCCCAAGAAGAAGACGUCACAUUCCCGGAAGAGGCAUCGACAAAUGGCGGGCAAGGCUCUUGAGGAUGUCAACGGCCUAUGUACCUGCCCUGGCUGCGGAGAGAUCAAGCGGACGCAUCGGCUGUGUCAAAAAUGUCUCGAGGCCCAUAUCACGGACAUUUUCGCCUUGGCGACGACCCCCAGAGCAGUUUUGUCGGCGAGCGGGUCGUCGACUCUUCACAUCCACGACACCACUGAUCCCAGCUUCCCCUUGAAGCAGUCCAUUUCCGACGCCCACAAGCUGGGCUGCCACCACCUCUGCACCUCGAGAAAUGGUAAGGUCGCCGCCAGUGCCGGGUUCGGCGGCGAGGUCAAGAUCUGGGCUCUGAACCAGGACACUGGAGAGUGGCUCGGCGCUGGCGAGAUCACGGGCUCAUCGGCCAAGGCGGGCGAGGCGUGGGCGCUGGCCCUGAGCGAGGACGGCGCCUAUCUCGCUGUGACGACAAACGAUGGCCGGAUCAAUGUCUGGGACAUCCAGGGCGAGAAGAAAUCCAAGGUCCAAGAGUACGAGACCGGCAGUGCCGGGUCUGGUAGCUUUGGCAUGUGCGUCGACCUGAGCGGCGACGGCAAGUUCACUGCCAGCGGCCACCAGAAUGGUGCUGUCUACAUCUUCAACAACGAGACUGGACGAAUCCUUUACUCGCUGUCGGGUCUGGCCAAGCCCGUCCGAGCCGUGGCCUUUUCCCCAGGCAGCAGUCGGCUGGCGGCAGCGGGCGACGCGGGCAUCAUCGCCCUCUACGACAUGAAGCACGGAGAGCACGUAGGGAACCUCACGGGCCACUCGUCUUGGAUCACGACCAUUGACUGGAGCCACACGGGAGAAUACCUGCUCAGUGGGUCGAUGGACGGCAAGGUCAAAGUGUGGUCAAUCGAGCGGAGCGCCUGUGUCGCCACCCACAGCGAGACGGACAAGUCGCUAUGGGCUGCGAAGUGGCUCCCCAAGACGGGGAAGAGCGAGAUGUUUUGCACAGCCGGGGCCAACAGGAGCAUUUCGUUCUAUCGGGAGGCAACCGGCGGUUAG